AUGCGCCAUUAUCUAAAUACCAUCAUACUGUUAUUGCUAUCAUGGAUUACUCUAUCCAAUUCGUUAGCUGUGAUGUCAGUUGAUUUGGGAACAGAAUUUGUUAAAAUUGCUAUCGUUAAACCAGGAAUACCGAUGGAAAUUGCACUGAACAAAGAAAGUCGACGUAAAACGCCUGUUAUUAUUGCUAUGAAAGGAAAAGAACGUGAAUUUGGUGAAGCAGCUGUAUCCAAGUCCAUGAAAAUUCCUCAAACAUCAUACAUGUAUUUAACAGAUUUAGUUGGUAAAUCGAUAGAUGCUCCAGUUGUCGAACAAUUUUUAAAACGUUUCCCAUAUUAUAAGCUUAAUACAGAUCCAUAUACACAACAAAUUAUAUUUGAACAUGACAAAGAUACCAACUAUACGGUCGAAGAAUUGUUGUCAAUGAUUUUGAAAACAGCCAAAGAGUAUGCAUCGGAUUUUGCUGAACAACCUGUAACUAGUGCAGUUAUCACUAUUCCGCCCUAUUUCACCCAAAGUGAACGUCGAUCAAUUAAACGUGCAUGUGAUUUAGCUCAAAUAAAAUUGUUACAAUUAAUGAAUGAUAAUACAGCUGUGGCACUUAACUAUGGUGUAUUUCGUCGUAAAGAUUUUAAUGAAACUGGUUCAACUUACAUGUUUUACGAUAUGGGUUCACAAAGUACAACGGCUACUAUUGUCACUUAUCAAACAGUAAAAUCCAAAGAAAGUGGAAUUCUUGAAACUGUACCACAAUUAACAGUGAAAGGUGUUGGAUUUGAUCGAAAUUUAGGUGGAUUAGAAUUUCAAAUACGUAUACGAGAUUUUCUAAUGAAAAAAUUUCAUGAACAACAUAAAAAUAAAUAUAAUCUAAUGGAAAAUCCAAGAGCAAUGACAAAAUUGUUUAGAGAAGCUGAAAGAGCCAAACAAGUAUUGAGUGCAAAUAUGGAAUAUACAGCACAGGUUGAAGGUUUAGUUGAUGAUAUUGAUUUUAAACAUAAAAUAUCACGUGAUCAAUUUGAAACAAUGUGUUCGGAUUUAUUCCAGAGAGUGAAAUUACCCGUUGAAGAAGUAUUGAAAACAAGUGGAAUUACGCUAGAUGAAAUUCAACAAGUUAUAUUAUUCGGUGGUUCAACUCGUAUUCCUAAAGUUCAAGAAGAGUUAUUGAAAGCUGUCAAACAAACGGAAUUGGGUAAAAGUAUCAAUACAGAUGAAGCAGCAGCGAUGGGUGCUGUUUAUCAAGCAGCUGCUUUAUCCAAAGGUUAUCGUGUUAAAAAGUUUAUUGUCAAAGAUUCAAAUCAGUAUCCAAUUAAUGUUCAAUUUGAACGACAUGCAACUGAAGAACUCACAGAAACUUCUACAAAACUUGUUGAUCGCACUCUAUUUAAUCGUAAUAAUUUGUAUCCACAACGAAAAUUGAUGACAUUCAACCGACACAUUGAUGACUUUGAUUUCACUGUACACUAUGGAGACUUGUCAUAUUUAUCUGAACAAGAUAAAAAAACUCUUGGUCGUACGAAUUUGUGUAAAGUAAAUGUAAAAGGUGCCCAUGAUGCUUAUCAGAAGCAUAAAGAUACAGCCGAAUCAAAAGGGGUUAAAGCACAUUUUAGAUUAGACGAAAAUUGUCUCCUAGUACUUGAUACGGUUGAAUUUGUUUUUGAAAAAAAAGAACUUGUGGAAGAAAAAACAAGUGACAUGGAUAAUGAAGAAUCAACGUUAUCAAAACUGGGCAAUAAGAUAUCCAGCUUUUUUGCUGGAAAACGCAGUGGAUCUGAAGAUGAAAAUGAGCCAUCUUCAUCAACAACCGAAAAUGAGACUACUUCUACCAGUCCCGUGGACGAAAAUAUUGUACCUCCUGUAGUAGACAACACUACAACAGUAACAUUACCAACAUCAUCGACAAAAGAAGAAGGAAAUGGAACUAGCGAAGAGACUGCAAAAGACGACGUUCAGCAGAAUUCAACAGUAAAUGCUACAGUAGCGAAUGAUACCAAACUUAAUGAAACAGAAUCUUCUGGUGCUAAAAAUGAUACCGUUCGUGUACCAAAACUAAUUACUAUAAAAGAACCAUUAGAAUUUACUAUUGAACUACUAGAUUCCAUAGAUCCAACUGAAGCAAUGAUUGAAUCAUCAUUCAAAAAACUACGUGAAUUGGAUGCAAAUGAUCGUUUGUUACAUGAAUUAGCAACGGCUAAAAAUAAUUUGGAAGCGUUUAUCUAUGAUAUGAAAGACAAAAUAGAGAAUGAUCAACGCUAUGUGACAUCGACGACAGAAGAAGAUCAAGAGAAAAUAAAAACGAAAUUACAGGAAAUAAGCGAUUGGCUCUGGGAAGGAGAUGGACUUACGGGCGAUGCUAAAUCGUUCAAAUCGAAGUUAGAUGAAUUGAAAUCAUUGACACGUCCAGUAAAACUUCGAGUUAAGGAACACGAACAGUUUCCAUUAAUGUUAAAAGACUUAAAAGAUACAUUGAAUUUAACUGAACAUUUUUUGACAUCAGCAAGGACAAUGACUGGUGAAGAUCAACCAUUCACCGAUGUUGAAAUUAAAUCAUUAGAAAAAGUGAUCAAAGAAACUCUAGCAUGGCGCGCUACAGUGUUAGCUGAACAAGAACGUACAAAACCGACAGAUACUCCGAAAUAUCUGUCAUCCGAUAUUGAAGAUAAAAUUGUCUAUUUAAAACGUGAAGUCAGUUAUUUACUUAAUAAAGCUCAACGUUUUGUACCCAAACCAAAAACGACACCAAAACCACCAACAAGUUCAACAUCAAAGACAUCGUCGGAUGCUAAUAAAACAAAUAUUGAUGAUACGAAACCAGCUGACGAAGAACAGUUAAGAGAAAGUAUGGAUGAAACGAAACCAGAUGUAGAUGAUCUUGAGAAAUUAUUUGAGCAAAAAGCCGAUACGAUAAAAGAUGAUGAUAAUGAUGAUAUACAAUCAGAAAGGCUGCCAGAUGACAAGAAAGAUAUCGAUACUGGUAUGUAGACUAAAAAAUUAUCAUUUCAAUCAAAAAUAUCACCUCUUGUAACUACUACAGAUACAGUACAUUCUCCAUAAAAUGUUGAAUGUGCGAUCAUUUUUCAAAAUUGAAUUAUCCAAUAAUCAUUUAGACAACUUCAUUCUGUACGAGUAAUCUCUUGAUUUUUGCUCUUUUUGUUUAGAUGAACAUCCCGAAUUAUAAAAUGUGUGUGACAAAAUUCAUCGUUAUCAAAAUUUAUAUAGGCAAAUUUAUAUUUUUCAAUUUUCAUUCUCGUUUUUUCUCGUUAUUUUUAGAAAAAUAAUAUAUGAUCUCGCUAUUUUAUGUUUUAAAUGUGCUUACAUCUUCAAACGAAAUCACCACGGACUAUUUUUUCCAGGUUUUUUUUUAUAAAUAAGAUGCCACUCUAUCCGUUAUCUCAUGUUAACCUAUCUAGCCUAAUUGGAUUUACUCACCAUAGUGUACUAUAAUACAUAAAACAGAGGAAAAAGUGAAUUUGAGAUAAAACCCUCUGAGGUAUGUGCUAUAAAAAGAAAGUAUUACAGCCGAAAUUAUAGUUAGUCAAGCGCUUGUAAUAUCCCGGUUUUGUUGGAUAAAAUUUUAUUCUGAUAAAAUUAGUCAAUCAGGCAGCGUAUGUGCAUUCCACAAAAAAACAUUCUAGUGUUGUUUUUUUUCAGUGUUUAUUCGUGCUAUACAUGUAUCAAUUUUGGUUUGUUAUUCUUCUUGUGUGCGUGUGUGUGUUUGUGUGUGUGUGUGUGUGUGUGUGUCGACAGGAUCAAAUAGAGACG